CAGCCUCCGCACUCACUUCCCCCCUCAGCUGCUGUACGGAGCACCAGCCCCCUCAGCCCUGAAGCCAUGCCCCUAGGUCUCCUGUGGCUGGGCCUCAGCCUGCUGGGGGCCCUGCACACCCGAGCCCAGGACUCCACCCCCAGCCUGAUCCCCGCCCCACCUCUGUUCAGGGUCCCCCUGCAGCCCAACUUCCAGCCUGACCAGUUCCAGGGGAAGUGGUACAUCGUAGGCUUGGCAGGGAAUGCAUUUAAGAAGGAAGAACAAGGCCAGUUUAAGAUGUACACCACCACCUACGAGCUGAAAGAAGAUCGCAGCUACAAUGUCACCUCCACCCUGCUCAGGGACGGGCGCUGUGUCCACUGGAUCAGAACUUUUGUCCCAAGUUCCCGGCCCGGCCAGUUCACCCUGGGCAAUAUUAAGGGCUUCCCCGGGGUGCAGAGCUACACCGUGCAAGUGGCGACUACCAACUACAACCAGUUUGCCAUGGUGUACUUCAAGAAGGUUUACAAGAACCAGGAGUACUUCAAGACCACCCUUUACGGGAGGACCAAGGAGCUGACCCCUCAACUGAAGGAGAACUUCAUCCACUUCGCCAAAUCCCUGGGCCUCACCGAUGAGUACAUCCUCUUCCCUGUCCCAAUCGACCAGUGCAUCGAUGACCAGUGAGGGUGCACCUUUGCCCGGCUUGGUGCCUAGCUGUCCCCACCAGCCCAGACACCGGUGACAGGAGAGAGUCCAGAGACCCUUCUCAUGGCACUUCCCACCAGCUGCUCUCCGGAGCCCCACCUUGCCUGCUAAAUAAACACAUGCCCCGGCCCCCAGUCUGUGCUCCUUGACCCCU